AAGCACACACAGAGACCAGAUCUCCCCUAAACACAGACAGAGAAACAAGGCGACAGAAAGAAAAGGCAAUGGCUACCUCCCAGAGACCGUAUCUCCCCUAAAUCAGGUGCAGAACACUGAGGAAGCCACUUCACGGAGCUGUGUCCUCUCCUGUUUAAAUAAACUCGGAACAAAAGUGGGGGAAAGCCUCCCUUCAUUGGUUCUUUCUGUUUCAGGGGAAAAGGGACUAGAAGUCUUUAGUGAAAAUGUUUGUCUACAUCCUCAUCUUUCUGGCCAUCUUCUAUUUGUGGUGGAGAUGGAAGGCACAAGAUGGGCAGAAGAUUAGAGAUCUCAGAGACAAAUAUAUAUUCAUCACUGGAUGUGACUCAGGAUUUGGAAAUCUGGCAGCAAGGACUUUUGACAAGAAAGGAUUUCGAGUUCUUGCCAGUUGUCUGACUGAAGUGGGAGCAGUGGAGCUAAAAGCAGCGACCUCAGAGCAACUCCAAACAGUGCUGCUGGAUGUGACAGAUCCAGACAAUGUUAGGAAGGUGGCAGAGUGGAUUAAAGCUGAAGUGGGGUCAGCAGGUCUGUGGGGGCUGGUCAACAAUGCAGGGAUUAUGGGACCAUCAGCGCCGACAGAUUGGUUGAAUAUUGAGCACUUCAGAGCACCAAUUGAAAUUAAUUUAAUUGGCCUCAUAAAUGUUACAUUACAUUUGCUUCCCUUGGUAAAAAAGGCCAGAGGGAGACUAGUAAAUAUAUCCAGCACUGGAGGCCGCCUGGCAGUCUGGGGGGGUGGCUAUUUUCCUUCCAAGUUUGGGGUGGAAGCAUUUAAUGACAGUUUAAGACGGGACAUGAAAGCUUUCGGAGUUAAGGUUUCUUGCAUUGAACCUGGGCUGUUCAAAACUGGACUAUCCAAUCGAAAAAAGAUCAUCAAAGAAAGGGAGGCCAUUUGGAAUCAACUUCCUCCUGCCAUUAGAAAACAAUAUGGAGAGGGGUAUGUACAGAAAGAUGCAGCAAGGAAAGAAAAGCUGGUUCAGAUGCUUCAGAACACAAACCUCUCACUGGUUGUGCAAUGUAUGGAGCAUGCUCUAACAAGCAUUAAUCCUCACUCACGGUACAUUGCAGGCUGGGAUGCUAAGCUUCUUUGGAUCCCCCUUUCAAGCAUGCCUGCAGCAAUACAAGACUUUGUACUCCUGAGAAACAAAGCAGAGCUUGCAGACCCAACUGCAGGGUGAAUUCUCCUCUUCUAUUUACACUUUCCCAUUCAAAUGGGAUGGCCCAGCUGUCUGAGUCAACAAGGACCAGCCCUUUAUUUUAGCCCUGUGCCUGCUGAGCCAAACUGAGCCGGACACUGAUUUUUUUAUAUUUCUAACAGUUUUAGAGUGUCUGUUUCUCAAAUCUGUGAUACAUAUUAUAGCCAUAGUUUUCAUCUUAUGUAUAAGCCAGGCCACAUUUACCAAAGAAUCAAUAAAAAAUGGAAAGGUUGCAAAGAAGUGACCGAUCCUUCAUGUGUCAUCUAGCUUUAAGUUCAUAAAGCAUUAGGAAUUGGGCCAAAAAUCACCAACUACAAACCUUACAAUAUUUCGUGUAGGAUUUUUCUUUAUUCUGGAAAAUAUGAACUAGAGAGGCCAAAAUGACCAGUGAUUUGGGGGGCUCACCUUGUGAAACCUCAAAGAUGCAAGAUUUGCAAUCAGUACCGAGCACCCACUCUCAAGUUGGGCACUUAGUAACUUCUGAAAAAUGUAGGCCUCAGUCUUUCGAUGAAAUUAUUUGCAGGCAAAGAGACGACAACCUUGGUUUUGCUAAGUGCUGAGAGACUCCUGCAAGGGGGCUUUAACUUGUGUUAAAGUACAUGGGAAAUAAAGGCACAUAGUACAUGACAGGAGGAGCUCAGUAUUUUGCAAGAUUGGGCUCCUUUCGAAUUAGACAUGACCAGAGUGCUCCAGAACAGCACAAAAUUACCUCAAGUCAUAACUGUUUAGUGGUUUGCCCAGAAAGUGGUUUCCCAUUGGGCAGAAAACUGGCCAAUGGCAAAGCCAAACGCUUUCUUUGGUCUGGUGAGUUGUUGUGACAUGACUUGGCUAAACAUUAAGCCACCCAGUGCCUGUCUAAAUAUUGCCGGUUUUCAAUUUAACUUCUCUGGAGCUUGCAAGGUAUGACUCUGCUUUCUGACUGCAGCUUGUAUUUAGUCAUUAGUGUGUUGAGUUCAUUUAUAUUUUGCAUGAACAGAAUUGUAUGGUGGUUGUUUCCUAUUAGAACAAAUUUGAGGUGUGCUGUACAUAUGCCUGUGGCUUAGCUAUUCUUACUGCAGUGAGUAUUAGUGGGCCUGCUAUUGUAGAUUUCUUUUAAAAAUAUUUGUACUCAUGAAGGCAAAGUGGUGGGAAAGCAAACUCUUUUUAUUUAAAUCAUAAGCCUGAUAGCUGCAAUGUGAGCAUCCAUGUGUUGCCACCCCAAUAACUUUAGCCUAGGCCAAUACCUUAGCCUAGGCCUGGAAAAGCUGCUGUUUUUUUAAGCUAGAGGUCAGUCGGUCCUUAUGUUAGCCAAGUCUUUGGCCUCUGCAGAACUGAGAGCACCAGAUCGUGCUUAUGUGCUGCUUGUCCUCAGAACUGAACUGAGAUCUUUAGAUUCAUAUCAUUUAGGAGACUUGAAUUCUAUUUCCAGAUGUUAAAGGAAAGCAUUUUAUACACUGAGGGCAGGUCUACACUGCCACUUAAGUCGAUAUAACUUAUGUCACUCAGGGAUGUGAAAAAGCCACCCCCCCUUGAGCGACGCAAGUUACCAUGACCUAAGCGCCCUCCACGUCGGCGCUAUGUUGGCAGGAGACAGUCUCCCACCACAUAGCUUCUGCCUCUUGCAAAGGUGGAGUAAUUAUGCCAAUGGAAGAGAGCUCUCCCGUCAGCACAGAGCAUCUUCACCAGACGCACUAUAGCAGUGCAGCUGUGCCAGUGUAGCACUUCUGGUGUAGACUAGCCCUGAGGAAACCAGACCCAGGCUGUUGGAGUGAUUAAGGAAGCAAAGACAAUAGAAAUAAUCCUGAAUACAUCAAUGCCACUGCUCUGAUCUUCAUUAUUUAUAUAGCCAACUAUACCUGAGUUUGCAUCAGUUCCUUCAGAAGCUCAUUCAUGAUGUGAUAUCAUCUGUGAUAUCACAGAUAUAUGAAAUCUGAAAGUGAAAGUAAGGAAUAAACAGAGUUUGGGGAGUUUAGGGUAAGAUGAUCCUAGAUGAGAUCCUAAAUGUGCCUUAUGUAAUGUAGCUAUUUGAACAGCUGGCUCUUCCCCAAAUGUAUUAUACUACAUCAUAUAAAGGGCCAGAUUCUGCUGUCAGCAACACCAUUGUAACCAAACUCCUCAUUUACUCCAGUGUCAAUGAGAACAGUAUUUGGCUAGUGACCUACCGGAAAUGAGCAAGCCACAGUUCCUUUCUCUGCUGCGGUAAAAAUAAUUAAUAAAAAAGAGCUGAAAUUAUAAUAUUUUUAUGGAAGUAAAACAUGGUUUCUGCUUCUGAUUAAGCGCCUGUAUUCCCUGCAAUGUUAAUGGAAUUGCCUCUAUGUAAUAGCAGAACUUUUCCCAGUGACAUUAUGACUUUUCCUAUUGCUCUUUUCCAGACAUUUGAACUCAUGUAGCUUUAUGCAAAACUGGUCUUCAACCCAAUUUAAUCCAAUUGCCAGAACCAUUUUUAACAGUUUGUUCCUCAGCUUGAGACAGAAAGAAAAACAACUGGACAGAAUCAUCUACGGCCCAUAUUCUGGACCAAUAUCUAGCAGCCACUUGUAAUAGUAAAUGAUUCAGAGAAUACUCCGUUUAAAAUUGCAUUUUAAUCAAUUUUUUUUUAUUGUCUCAAUACCCUCUUCUGCUACCUCCUUCCUUUAAUACAAUAUUUACUACAUCUAA